GCUUGGUAAGGGCGAAAAAGUCCAACAGUGCGGUGCCUUUGUGUGCAAGUGUGCAGGUCGAGUCAAGUAACAAAUUUGGGCGCUCUAAUCGUAGCCAGAUCAAGUGUUGAUUCUUUAAGGGCUUCUAUUUCUUGUCUUGCGAGCUCUAAUUCUAACUAACUUUAACCCCUAAAAAAAAAUACUAAACCAGGAUUCACCAACCUUUUUAAAAAUCCAGACGUACAAGGUAGGUAAAAGAUAAUUAUGAAUAUGCAAUACAAUUUUGUAAUAAUGACUGCUAAACAUUUAUUGGAAAUCCUCAUGACCCAUCUUGGGUGUGUUAUUUUUAGAAAAAAAAAGUCCCACUUAUACGUAUGGUCCACUGGGUCUCUACCUGAUGCCCAUUAGCACUAUGAUGGUGCUGCCUGCUCUAAAUCACUUCAAAUUUAACCCCAACCCAACUUUAACCUUAAACCAACAACUUAAUCCAGGGGUCACAAACAUGCACCCCAAACCUAUUUGCAGGCCGCAGGAUAAUAUCAGAGAGAAUGAGAAACCUUGACCCUCUGGUGGCAUCAAUCACAGUAAAACAUCAAUUGAGUGUUGUCCAUGUGGUUUAACUGUCACUUGUCAGCAGGGUUCUUGCAAGCAGCAAGCAGCAUGGAUCAAGUGUCCUUCAUUGACUCCUCAUCACCAUCUGCAAAAUGAGCAUGAUAAUCGCUUAAACAUUUUAAAUUAAUCAUCUGAUCCUGAUCAUAACAUAAUUAUCACAUUUUAGCAGCAGGUGGUGUCUUCCAAUCCACCCCAGGAGAGUAGAAUCCAUCAAACGGGCCAGUCCAUCAGGACCACCUGCCAAAACUGGGCCCUUCCAAGCAUUGACAAAGUAGCAAAAGCGUGUCUGCACGGGGGCGUCCAAUUUCUUCCGGGCAAUGAUGGUGUGUGUGGUCGCCGUUCAAAGAAAACAACUAAGGUGUGUUUAUAUUAACAACGGGUUUGCACAUUUUAAAACGUUAGAGAGCUCUGCAGGUAAUAAUCAUGCUCCCUCCACUAUAUUUUGUUCUAUUCUGUAUGUGAUCCCACACUUGCUCACACAUUUUUGAUAUCACUCAUUGCUUUGCUGUCACCACAAAAUGCAUUUAUUGUCACAAAUCUCGUCAUUCCUUAUCAGCAGGAUACUGCUAGCCAGCUGACAUCGAGCGAUAGCUUCCCACAUCGAUUUCGCCACCAGAGAAGUGGCACUCAAGAAGGACGGAAAUUUCAGCCACAAGGACCUCGUAAUGGCUCAUGCCGUCUCCAUGGAGACCCCGCCCACAGUUCAAAGCUCCCCUCCAUCAGCAGGCAUCUGAAGCCUGUUUUGCAGAAACAUCCUCAUGAAUUGCUCACCUCGCAAAUGCCAUUAGGGUUACAGAUCAAAGUAUCUGGUCAGAGGGACGGGCUAGGUAUAAGCAUCGCUGGUGGCAAAGGUUCCUUGCCUUACAAAGACCAUGACGAGGGUAUUUUUAUUUCCAGAGUCACUAAAGGAGGGCCUUCAGAAAAAGCAGGAGUACAUGUUGGAGACAGAUUACUCGAGGUCAAUAACUUCAGCAUGCAGGGAGCCACUCACUUGGAGGCUGUGCGAGCCCUGAGGAACGCCGGGAGCUGCAUUAACAUGAAAGUGCUACGGGAAGGAUCACAAGUGAGACGGCACGUGACAAAUAACACCUGUGAUGCUGAGGAUGCUGCGAGCCGGAGGCCGUGCAGCCACGACGCCAAAGGCCACAGGAGCACGUUGCAGAAGUCCGAAGACAGGGAAGACUGUUUGCCCAAGAAAAUGGAUGUGGUGGUGUGCAACGGCAAUGGCAUUAGUGAUUUGAGGAGGUCUCAGUUGGAAGCAGAGGCCUUGACCGAAAGAAAUGAUUUGCAUUCAGACAAAACCACAAUGAAAAUUCCGCGGAUCAUUCUCACUCAUCCCUCCACAUCUGAUGAAGACGUGGACCUCUUGCCACAAGCUCUCAGCAUAGAGGAGCAGCAUGAUGCAGGCAUUCCUGAGAAUAGUGUCCCUUUGCAAUGUUUUGACAGUGCAUUUUAUCCGCCUUGAGUGCACAGAGACUUUAAACCACUGAGAGGACUUGUGAAAGCACACUACAAAACGUUUGCUCCAAUUGUAUUAUUAUUUUUUUUUAAUUUCAAUUGUUGAUUCUAGUCAUUAAAUUAAAAUACUUGAUUUCCCACCAUAAAGUCGAAACAUUUAACAUUAUUUUUCCUCCAUAGUUGAUGUCAACUUUCCAGCUAUGAUUACAAAUUUCAAAUUUUACAAGUAAUAACGAACUCAUUACUCUACAAAGACGGCAAUAUUGUAAAGAAACCUAUUACGUUAAAAUGCAAGUAACAAACUAUAUGAAAAAUAUCACAUUUGCCCAACUCUGUUUGUGAGUAACUCAUUUUGCAAGGCUAGAUAUUAAAUGGACCAAUUUUGCAAGGAUAAAUACUAAAUGGGCCCAUUUUUUUUACAAAUUAUCUGCAGUAAACAACUGUUCUGCGUGUGGAAUAUGCCCCACUUGGGGUCUAAAAGGUGUCCACUUAAUUCAGAACAGUCAGGAGUCUAAGUAUAGUUCCGUGCAGGCAAAAACAAAAGCAAACCUAGAUGAGGUAGAAGACAGAAUAGAAAGUGGGAAACUAAAAGCGCUGAGACUAAAGACAUUGGUGGGUAGAACAAAAGGAGGCAACUGGGAACUGAUAGCGGAUGAGGAACAAGGCGGGGGUUUGAGUGACAAGGCAGAUAAAAUCAGUGAGAGACAAAAUAUUGCCCAUAUCAUAGAAAAAGUCUCAAUGCAGUGGAAAUUAAAGUGCUCAUACUCCACAUAGUCAACAGACACCAUCUUGUUGGCACGUCUUUUACUUUACCAGGCUCUCUGCGAAGCACAUUAGACCCUGAGUACAUUCAAGUAAAAAAGAAAAAGAAAAAAAAAAAAAAAAUCAAUAAGAAAAUCCAUUGAGCUGUGCCCAUUUGCACACGCAUUCAAUUGUGAGGUGUGUACACCUAUUUUGCAACACGUGGAACAGUUAAUAAAAAGGAUUACAAAUCUCUUAUCGACUUUCA